UGAAGAGUCAAGAACGUGAUGGAAGAAUUUUCCACGGGAGACCUACUGUUAUUUAAAAGCGAUUUGACGCUCGUUAAUAGAAGCCCAUUGUCAGCAACCUUUCACGAAUUACUUGUAAAGGGGAUUUCAAAACGAGCAACAAGAAUGAACCAGGCAGUUGCUUGAAAUGGUGCGGUGUAAAACAAUUCGCAGGAUUUCAAGAGAAUGCUUCGUUCUCUCCAAAAAAUUUUGUUAAGAAGAGUAAUUUCGCCUUCCUUUUGGGUGGUCGCUUUUUUUGUUAUGUGUGCCAUUCUUUUACUCAUAAGAAACCAAGAUUCAGAUGUGAUGUGUCUCAAACAUCGGCAACUUCAAAGUGCCUCUAAGAUGGACGAACUCAAGACGUUUAUUCCAGAUCACGACGGAUGCAACGACAAAGGUGGCUCGGCAAAAGAAAUUACAAAGAACACUGAUCAGAAUUUCGAACAAGACAAGAACUCUUCCGAUUUGAACAAAGAAAUGGAUGCAUUGCGUAAGAAGCUCGCAAUGUACGAGCGAUUGAACAAAUUCAUGGAACUUGACUCCUUAGCAAGUAAAUAUGGAAGUAAAAUGAGACAGAAUAUUCUUCUUAUCUCCGACUCCACUUCCGGAAGUUCUCUCUUAGGAGAACUUCUGAAUCAGCAUCCUGAUGUUUUUUAACUAUUUGAACCUUUGGAAGCUUUGGAUUAUUAUAAGGACAAUCGCCCCGAGAGCGUCUACGAUGCGAUGGUAACUCAUCUGCUCAACAGCAUUUUUCACUGUAACUUUUUAGAGCUUUCGUACUUCACGGAUUUUUUAUCGUACCAAUACAGUGCACUUCGACACCGCCUUUCAAGUCGGGCUAUUUCUUCUCCUCCGUUGUGCCCCGAGAAUCUAAACUCUCCACUCUUUAGUAUUCGAAAAUGUGCGCCUUUAAGGCCUCAAUCAGCGUCGGCGAUUUGUCGACUACAUAAACACACCGUCGUCAAAACAAUCCGGAUGAAAUCCAUUCACAAACUCUCCUAUCUCAUGGACAACACGGGCCCUGUGGAUUACUCGCUCAAAGUGAUUCAUUUGGUGAGGGACCCGCGCGCAGUUAUAAAUGCUCGCGUACUGCACAGUACACACGAAAACUGGACCAUAAAAUCGGUGCGUGAUCACGCGCAAUCCUUAUGUCGCGACAUGCUGCUUAAUAUAAAAUACGCUGUCAGUGCCCCAGCUUGGUUACAAGGACAUUACACGCUGCUACGAUACGAGGACUUGGCUACAAACCCGCAUCAAAUAGCUGAACAGCUAUAUCAGUUUGUUGGAGUCGGUAUUGCACAAAAUGUCCGCUUGUGGAUCGACCGUACUUUGCGCAAAGGAUUUUUGCCCCCAUCACUCGUUAACUCAAUUUAUCGUCAGCUUUCCUACAGUGCGCAAAAUCUGACUGAUUCUGUAAGAACAUGGCGCGCGCACGUCCCAUAUUCAAUCGUGCGCUUGAUCGAGACAGAAUGCUUCCAGGUUAUGAAUCUUCUGGGCUACAAGAUUGUCGAAGACGAAGACGAAUUGAGGACGGUGUCUUUUCCUCUUACCGAUUAAACAAGUGAGACCUGCUCUAGGAGAAACUCGAGUAAAUCGUCUCCUCAAGCCAAGCAUUUGUGUCAGAAUUUAGCCAAGAAAAAUGAAGGUUCAAAUUAAAAAAACUAAUAUGCCAUUUUACAGUUGUGUACUCGGAGUGAGGCUGAAGGUGACCUUGUUGUGAUAGAGACCAGUAUCUAGUUAGCAUAAUAAAAAAGUAAUUUACAUUUAAAAAGCAGCGAUGUCUGUAUCAUAAAGAGGUCACCCUUAGCCUCGCUCCUAUUCAAAGGCUUGGCAACCAAGUAUACAACUGUAAAAUGGGCUAUUAGGAGGUUUCCUCUGCUCUCUUCAAAAGAAGAGGGCCUUGAA